AUGGCACCUUCACUCGAACAAAGAGUCAUCGAGGCACUCGAAAAGUGCUCCACUGACACAGACACCCCCUUCGACGAUGUUCUGCGCGUUGCGCUGAAGGUCACGCAGAAGAUGCUUGAGCAAGCCGAUCCACCCGAAAACGUUCUGCCAGUCGCCCCAGCUGUGGCAUCUGUCCCUCUCGUCGCUCAGAUCCCUCCUCCAGCAGUCAUCCCACGCCCCGAGUCAACUCCUGCUCACGCUGUCGCCUCGCCCGUCGUUCCUGCCAACACUGCUACACCUGCCGCUCGUCGAGUCCUUCGUGCCGCGCUUCCUCUGGCAAUGGCUUCUGCCCGCAAACGAGCCGCUCGCGAAAGCGUCUCGCUGACCCCGACUGUCGGUGACGAAAAUGACGACAAGGACGAGUUUGUCUGCGAGUUCGCUGGCUGUGGUCGCUCUUAUGAGCACAAGGGAUCUCGCACCCGUCACUACAAGGUCAACCAUGGCGGUCAGCGUCCCAGAUCGAAGUAA